GCCCAGCUCGCCAGCGCCGAGAAGAGCAAGAAUCCGAAGGUGGCUCUCAUCAUGGCAAUCUUCGGGAGCAAUCGCGAUCAAGAAGUACAGCUGGCAGAAACGGCCCCGGGAGAGGUCUCCUUCGACGUUGGCACCAGCAUGCAGUCGGUGGAGGCGCAUGCAUUGGAAUUGCGGCGCAAGGUGCGCCCGGGGUGA